AUGAAAUUCCAGAAGAGCACCGCUCCUCUGUUGGAUUGGAGUGCUGUCAGCUCGCGCCGAGAGUUCACCCCGCAUCCGCUCGGGGACAACAAGGUGAACGCCAUGCUGGCGGCCAGCUUCAAGGCCGGCUGGAAGGGCGGCGCCGCCACCAGCGAAGCGGAGAUCAAUGGGAACACCUCCUAUCAGGAUGCCUUCACAGGCUACCGGGGGGAUCGCUUGAAAUCCGCGAAGAUGAAGAGCGCCAAGCCCAAAAGCGGCCGGACCCGCACCAUCACAGGGAUGACUGACCUCCUAGAGACUCGUCCCCUAUCACACGUCAGCUUCCACGCGCAUCCGCAAGACCUGGCCAAAGCAGGGACCAUCCUGCUUCCCAAGCCAAAUCUUGGCUUCAUCUCCAAGUGGGAAGGUCCUCCAGAGAAGAGCAGUUACGUCUCGGAGUUCGCGCCCAAGCGAACCAACUCCACGCCCUUGAUGAAUAUUGCCAUGCUGGAGCUGGGCCGCAGCGACGACUUGCUGCCGCCGGAUCAUGAGUGCUUCUACCGAAGGCGGAACAACUACAUGAGUCCUGGCCAGUAA